CAAACCAACCACCACUAAUAAAUAUAUCAUUAAAAAUGGAUCUCCAAGGUUCCACUUUUCUCGACUUCAUCUGCAUAAGCUCCUAAGCUAUCAAUGGGUUGGGAUCUAUCAUCUAACAUUUUAUAAAGAUCUAGAGAAGGUCUCCCUUUCUAAUCCAAUUCUCAAGCCGAAACGAAGCAGAUAUACCAGCCAACAAGGUGCAAACAGUCAAAAAGUCAAGAUCAAGAAUUAGCAAAAACAUUCACGUCUUUUCCGAUACUGAAACCACCAGUCUUUUUCUUCUCUGAAAUCACAAUUGUAGAGACACAUCUUUAUAAGUGACAUCACAAGUACCACUUGUCCUCUCGUACUGAAACUUCCACAAUCAAUUGUGAAAAGAAAUCGAACACAACAUCAACCACAUCCACAUAUCACCUAACGCAGUCAUGGUUUUAGUUACUCUCAAAAACCUCUUCUUUUACCAAGAGAUCAUUCCUAAACAACCUAAAUCAAAUCGAGGACCAAGAAUACCAGAAAUCGAUUAUACUACAUCUAGACAACCCCUCCUAUCAUCAAAUGGCGAAACCAAUCCCAGUCCAGACUCCGCCGAAAUAAAUCACAAUGAUGAUGAAAGUACAUUAGAUUUAGAAUCUCAAGAUUCGAGAUCAGAAAAAUCAUCGAGGAAGAAGGGUUGGAGAAUUGAUGCGAGAGUGAUUUCGGAUGCGACAAUUGGUUUGAGUGAUGGUUUAACAGUCCCAUUUGCUUUGACAGCUGGAUUAUCGGCUUUUGGAGAUUCGAAGGUGGUUAUUGGGGGUGGAAUGGCGGAAUUGAUUGCAGGGGCUAUUUCUAUGGGUUUGGGUGGAUAUCUUGCUGCUAAGAGUGAACUGUAAGUUUACCCUUUGAUUUUGCUGGGAAAGAUGUUUGAAUGAUAUGAAGUUAUCAUCAAAUAGUCUGCCUCCACGGCAGUGGCCCCCAGAGGGCCAGCGGAGCGUCAUUUGUUUAGCAGUGAAUUAACUAACAAUUUCAUCAGUGCAUCAUAUCAUGCCAAACGAGAAAAGACGAUAAAACGGAUAGAAGCCGAUCUUCAAGGCGUUCUUUCCGAUCUCAAGGAAGUAUUCGAGCCAUACAAUUUACCCAAACACAUUAUCGAAGAUCUCACUACCCACCUUGCCAAUUGUUCUACGGAUCUUCUCACCGACUUUGUGAUGCAAUUCCAACACUGCGAAGAAGAACCCGCUACAUCUCGUGCCUUUACAUCUGCUCUUACAAUCUCACUUGGAUAUUUUCUCGGUGGUUUAUUACCUUUAUUACCUUAUCUUUUCGUAACCCAUGUUUAUCAAGGAUUAUACAUCUCAAUUGUGGUCAUGGUAAUUACAUUAUUCGUUUUUGGAUAUGGGAAAACAGGUACGAUUACAGGAUUCAAAGAGGGGAAAUGUAUUCGAAGAAAUUGUCAAGGUGGUGUAGAAAUGGUGAUUGUGGGAAGUGUAGCGGCAGCUGCUGCAAUGGGAUUAGUGAGGUUAUUUCAACCUUCGAAUACUGGAAUGGGAUUUUGAGUAUGAUUUGUGAAUCAUGGGGAGGUUCACUGCUUAACGAAUUUAUGGAUUAAUGAUGGCGUUGGGUGGAAAAUGGAUAGUGGAUUAUAAUGGAAAGACAGAGCAUUGGAUGGUGUUUGAGGAAAAUGUACUCUCGAAAAUAUCGAUAGAGUUGUUUUAUUCCUGCUCUUGUAUCUAGUCUGAAGCAGAGAUCACUCUUCAAUCAUAAAUUGAGGACGUAGACGUCUAUAAAGAAUAUUUAAUUAGAGAGUUUCC